AAUCAGUAGUGUUUGGGUUGAGCUCAACCCCUCAACUAAAAGUCAAACUGGAUGAUUGGUCAGAAUAGCAUUUGGACAGAGUUAAGCGAAUAAAAUCGUGUAGAAAUAGACACAUGAACAGCGAUACGUACAACCGGUGCAGCAUUAUGGUGAAAGUCGCGCUUUUCGCGGUGCCUUUGUUGGCUCUUUUCUGCGUUUACAUCAUCGGAGUGGCUGGAUCAUCGACGAACUCAGCUGAGCCGGUGGAAGCUAUUAGACGCGUUAUCGUCGAUGUCGAUGCCGGCCCUGAUGAUGCUUGGGCCUUGUUUCAUCUACUGAGUGAUCCAAGCGUGCGCGUGGAGGCCAUCAGCUGCGUCAAGGGCAAUGCAAAUGUGACCAAUGUGGCGCGUAACGUUCUGAGGGUGCUGACCGCACUUGGGAAACAAAGUGAGAUCCCAGUUUACCUUGGUUCAAAUGAGCCACUUAUUACUCCUGAACCACCAUCUAGUGCAAACGGUGGUUUCUUCGGGUCAGAUGGAUUUUCCGAUAUCGAGUUUCCCGAUCUGCCGGAUCCUGAUAUGACACUUCUUAGAACCUCGACGCUCAAUGAUCUGAACAACCUGAUAGAGCAAUAUGCCAAUGAAAUAGCCAUCAUUCAGUUGGGGCCCCUAACCAAUUUGGCUCUGUUGUUCAAUGUUUUCCCAGAAACGCGACACCGUAUUCGCGAGGUGUUCAUAAUGGGUGGCAAUCGACACGGAGUUGGCAACACAGAGAAGGCUGCUGAGUUCAAUUUCUACAGCGAUCCUGAGGCAGCACACAUCGUGAUCAACAAGUACGAGGGAAAUAUUACAGUUCUUCCAUGGGAAACGGCAUCACGGGAGAACUUAGUUGCAAAUCAGACGUGGCGAUUUGAAGUGCUCGGAAGUGCUUCCCAUCCUUUAAUUCAGAUACUCAACCCUGUGGAGAAAAAACCAUUGGGGGAGAAUGACAACUGGAUGCCUUGCGAUUUGCUAGUGGCGAUGGCGUUCACGCAUCCUGAACUCGUUACGGAAACGAAGCGCUACCGAGCUGAUGUUGAACUGCAUGGAUGGUUGACCAGAGGUCAGCUGGUGCUGGAUCACAUGAACGAAGGACAGGGCGAUAUGGUCAUCAUAGACAAUAUGGAUAACGAAAGGAUUGUGCAGAUGUUAGUAGGACUGGCAAACAGUAAUACAAGUUAAGCUAAAUGCAAUUGCUUAUUGACAUGAGUAUUUCGCUUCAAAAUUAAGAAAGGUCCAUUAAAUAUACUGCCUAUGGUCCCAUCUUUGCUGGAUUUCCUUUCAAUAUGGGAUAUUUAUACGAUUGUGGGCAGUACAUAUAACCCAAUUUGUCGAUUUCCAAACAACUUUCCAGAACAUUAA